GCCGAAGAACUGAUCAAAAAGGAAAUGCUAACAAUGCUGCACUAUGAUAGUCUGCACAAUCCGCCGCCCACUCUCCUUGCCGAGCUUUCUCGCAACGCUGACGGAAAGCUGCUUAGCGCAAUGGCACAAAAGAAACGCUUGCAGCAAGUCAACACUGCUCACGAGACUUAUCUUCGCGACUCACCUUAUGAGGAAUUCUCUGACGAUUCUCUGGCCCAGGCUGCGGCGGCAAUCGAGGCGGAGACAGCAGUAGUGCGCAGCGCAAUGGGUCAUGGGGAGGUGUCGGGUGAGGCGUAUGCUCGAGUGUGGGAGGAGUGUUUGGCUCAGGUGCUUCACCUGCCCCAGCAUCACCGCUUCACGCGAGCUAAUCUCGUGCCUAAGGCCGAGCGUGUUAGCGCUGCUGAACGUCGCCUUGAGAUGCUGCGUGGUCUUAUGGCUGAGGAAGCCAAGAAAGCUGCUAGGCAGGAGAAGAGAUUGUCCAUUCUUCUCGGAGGAUAUCAGUCACGUGCCCAAACUCUCAUCAAAGCUAUUCAAGAGUCUGUGGAACAGAUUGAACAAAGCCAGAUUGAGCUAACUUCCUUGGAGCAUCUACGUCAACAGGAAAUUGGCGCCGUAGUGAGACGCACUGAGAUGCUCAAAAUCGAUGUUGAACGUCAGAGAAGCCGUGAAACGCAGCUGCAAAACACGUACGCUAAAAUGGCGCGUCUAAGGGACGAUCGAAUGGCUGAGGCGGAGAAAAUUUAUGACAAUACUACUACUCCGCCUCUGGCGUCACCACGUGCCGGUGUCGAGGGGCUUGAGGAUGAGACACAAAAUGAUCCUGGUGGGUGGACAACAGUUCAACAAUCGGACGGGGAAUUAGUUGAGGAGAGGAACGCAGGGGCUCAGACGGAUCCUGUGCCACUACCAGAGGCCAUACAGAUUGGCAGAAGGAGUGAAUUCUCCGUGGACUUGGAUGCGGAAACUUAG